CCACUCCCUCCCCCUGCCCCUCCCCGCGCACCCAUAACGCUUCCUGGUCUCUCUCACACCAGGCAGCUGGUCGCGCACGACAUCGCCCCUCCCCCGUGGUCCAAAAGCGCCCCGAACACUCACGCACAGGUGGCGAGGCCACCCAGCCCAUACGGGCCGCCCUCUUUCCCGGCAUCAGCAACCAUCUCGCGCCGCGCAUGCGAUGACUUGCUCACCGAGCCCCUGUCCGCGGCAUCCUCCGCGGCCUCCAAAACCACCACCACCACCAUUACUAGCAUGGCGUUGGCCCAUCGGCGGACCCAUUACCGACUUUGGUCAUGAGGGCGACGCUGGCCCCAGUCGGGUACAUUCCGAGUGCUCCUGCUCCGGAAUCGAGCCCAAGCCCACGGCUGAGACAGAGGAUGGCUCCACGCGCCGGCCGACGCGCCAACCCCGGAGGCGGCGUCGAACCCGCCUCGUCGCUGCCGCCACCUCCGCCCUCGCCCUCUUCUCCAUUCCUUCCGUCGUCGCUGGCCCAGUGCCAACGCCAACAACAGGGUCUUUGUCUCCAACAUCACCACCGACAGUGCAAGACGUCGAGCCACGCUCCAUCCGCACCCUUCCAAUAUACACGGUGCUCACUGUACCCGACUAUGGCCCAUCAGCUGUCCCAGAAACAGUCCUUCCCAUGUACUUUACCAAGUCGUCUGAUGGCUACUGGUACAAGGUCGAGGAGGCUUGGUCCCUCUAUGGUCGAGUUGCUUCCGAUCCUCACAACAAUCCCACGCCUACAGUUGCCGCGCACUCGUACGUGGUUACCUCGCAGAUGCCACCGGGGUGGGGCAACAAAUCCGGCCGCAGCGACUUUUACAACACUCCAAUGAUCGUGGCUGCCAGUGUCAUACUUGGCAUCCUCAUCGUUUUUGCUAUCAUUGUCAUCACCUAUCAACGACGAAAAGAGGCCAGACGAAAGAAACGACACGCCGCCCGUAUGCGAAGGAAGGCACUUGCUGCUGCAGGUCUCACUGAAGAUGGUCUCAAGGGGGCCGACUCGGUGCUCGAGGCAGAGUUCAAGAAGCGUCUCGACGAGCUCGAGCUGGCGCAUGCCACCAAGCGCCGCGAGAAACGCGCGCAGAAGAACCAACCGUCUGCUUUCGUGCGCACAAAGGUUCGCGUGUGGCGUAGUAAUAUUCGCCGCCGCAAAUCUCCCCGUUCAUCGCACGACGACGAAGACCAUCGCGUCAAGGAUCAGUGGUCUACACAUGGCGAAAAUCGCUCCCAGACGCGACCCGACUCGCCGGGUUCGCUGCUCACGCGUGACUCGGCUUCAUUCAUGACUGACUCUUCGCGAGCGCCCAGCCCGCAUCGAUCCUUCUCGCGCGCUGGUCUGGAAGUCCAGAGCAACACCGAGCAGGGCACAGGUUCAGAUACUUUGGCGGAAACGGCCCAUUCGGCAACCUCUGGCGGGAUGUCUGGAGACGCAUCUGGCGAGGCACUUUCGCCAUCAACAUCUGCUCAGGAUCCAACAGCGUCAUCUGCUUCACUGCCAUCGCCCGCUGCCGCCCCAGGGCCCAGCGGGCACAUGCCGCCCGCAUAUCGCCCGGCUUCUGUUCGAAGCCUCGAUAUGAAUGCUGCGGGCCCUUCGACCUCGCGCGCUGUGGAACCAACCGCGCCAAAUGUGCUCUCGCCAGAGAAGGCGUCGGCCGCAGGCUACUACCCUGCGCCUGCGACGGCCGACGCCGAGCAGGCCCAGGAGGUCGCCCGCCGCGCAGACGCAAAGGCGCCGAUUGUCAUCCCGCCCGAGGAAGAGGAACGACGCGCGAUGCACGUCGCUACCGACGACAAGCGUGAGCUAGAACGCUUGCGUCUUGGCGCAUCUGCGCCGCCGGUCACCCGCAUUGAGGACGAGGAUGGCGCCGGGCCGUCUGCACCGAACUUUGAGGUCGACGGCGAAGGCUUUGAGAUGCUCACAGCCGCCUCGGGUUCUGGCGAUGAAACAGACGCGCGCAGCGACGCGGGCGCUACGAACACGACGUCGGGGUUUGGUUCGGCGUCUAGCCGGCUCACUGUACCGGGCCUCCCUGCUCCCCCUCCAGCGGCGACCCUUCGCUCCCUCCGCACGUUCAUGGACGACGACACGCACUUGCGCCCCUCGGCGCCUACGUCACCGACUCAUCUCCGCCCCUCAGCCCCUCCCUCGCCUGUGCGCCUUCGCUCUUCGGCCUCGUCACCCGUGCCAUCCGCGCCACCUCUCGAGCCAUCAGCUCCUCCCCUCUCCCCCUCCGCGCCUCCACUGGAGCCGUCUGCGCCCGUGCCCUCUGCUCCACCGCUCGACGAUUUCGAGGACGAGGACGAGCCGUCUGCUCCACCUCUCGACGACGAGAGCACACACAUGGGCAGCGUGCGCGUGUCCAGUGAUGUGCCGCAUUCAGAGGGCGAGGAGCCAUUGCCCACGCCCGAGGCGGACGCGGAUAUGGGCGAUGUGAACGCGAGCCUGCGUGUGGGCGGGCACGGCUUCUUGCCGCGCUACGAGCCGUAGAAGCAUGUGAAGGAGAAGCGUUGGUCAUUUGGGUUACAAGAUUGUAUUACUGUUGUGAUGCUAGCAUAAUUCUUGUCAUG